CCAUGGACGGGGACGAGUUCUACCUGUUCAAGAAUGAGUCGGCAUUGGGGCCCUGGGAUGGGCCCCAGUACCACCUGGCACCCAAAUGGGCCUUCCACCUGCAGGCCAUCUUCAUGGGGAUGGUGUUCAUGGUGGGGACCCCCCUGAACGCCAUUGUCCUCGUUGUCACCGUCAAGUACAAAAAGCUGCGGCAGCCACUCAACUACAUCCUGGUGAACAUCUCCCUCAGUGGCCUCCUGUGCUGCAUCCUCUGCGUCUUCCUCGUCUUCAUCGCCAGCACGCAGGGCUACUUCGUCUUCGGGAAGCAUGUGUGUGCCUUGGAGGGCUUCUCGGGGGCCACCGCAGGGCUGGUGACAGGGUGGUCUCUGGCCUUCCUGGCCUUCGAGCGCUACAUCGUCAUCUGCAAACCCCUGGGCAACUUCCGCUUCACCUCGCGCCACGCGCUGCUUGUGGUGGCAGCCACCUGGGUCAUCGGCGUGGGCGUCAGCAUCCCGCCCUUCCUCGGCUGGAGCAGGUGGGGGCGCGGGGGGCAGGACCUCCAGAAGCAGCAA